CGCAGUUAGAUUAGUUAAUCUUUAUUUUUAACAAAACGUGAUAAUUAUUUGAUAAUAACUCUCCGGGAGAGUUAACCUAGAAGCAGACUAGUGUAGAGAAAAAUGAGGUUUUAAGAAUUAGGGUGGUGAGGUCAAAAUGCUAGCCAUGUCAACAAUUAUGAUGCCAGCAGCGACGAUGACGACGAUGACCAAUGCCGGGCCCAUCCCGGUCGCAGCGGCCACCAAGUUGGAGCCCAAAUUGCUGCAGCUGCCUCAUCCGGCGUUGAUGCAGCAGCAACCUCAACAGCAUCAUCAUCAACACCAGCACGGGAAUAAUAAUAAGCUUGAGCACUACCACAUUUUCGUCGGAGACCUGAGUCCAGAGAUAGAGACGCAGAGCUUAAGAGACGCCUUCGCACCCUUUGGAGAAAUAUCUGACUGCAGAGUGGUGAGAGAUCCACAGACGCUGAAAUCUAAAGGAUAUGGAUUCGUUUCCUUUCUUAAAAAAUCCGAAGCGGAGUCGGCCAUUACAGCAAUGAAUGGCCAGUGGCUAGGUUCGCGGUCAAUCCGGACGAACUGGGCGACCAGAAAACCGCCAGCGCCCAAGAACGAAUUGAACUCAAAACCGCUAACAUUCGACGAGGUGUACAACCAGAGCUCUCCAACAAAUUGCACGGUCUAUUGCGGCGGUCUCACCACCGGGCUUUCAGAGGAGCUGAUCCAGAAAACGUUCCAGCCAUUCGGCACCAUACAAGAAAUAAGGGUCUUCAAAGAUAAGGGAUACGCGUUUAUAAGAUUCUCGACGAAGGAGAGUGCAACUCAUGCCAUAGUGGCAGUUCAUAACACCGACAUCAACGGACAGCCGGUUAAAUGCUCUUGGGGGAAGGAGUCUGGUGACCCCAACAACGCACAACCACAAGGCCAGCUGAGUGGUACAGCGUACAGCCCAUUCGGCGCGUACCCUGGAGGCGUGCCGUCGUACUGGUACAACACUUACCCGCAGCAACUCGGGGGCUUCCUUCAAGGCAUGCAAGGGGUGCAGGGCUACUCUUAUGGACAGUUUGCGGGGUAUCAGCAGCAGUACAUGGGUGUGCCUCCUUCUAGCAUGGGGGGCGUGCAGCUCCCCUGGGCGUUAGGGGGCGGAGUAGGAGGAGUGGGUGGAGUGGGUGGAGUGGCCGCCAUGUCUCAGCCUCCGCAGCUGCUGCACUAUCCCGUGCAGCACUUCCAAGUACAGCCGAUCGCUGAGGAGGAGUGGUUAGCUCCGAGUUUGCUGGUGUGAGGACACCGCGCGCCCCCGCCGCCUGACCCUUGCUGCUGCCAGCUCAAGGAGUGGCUCUAACUCACUCCCUCACCUCACUUCUACUUCACUCCCAAAGCGGACACCAUGUCGAUGAUGUUUGGUCAUCGCCCCGAUACUAGCGACUUUACUUCUUUUUUUCUUCUGGUACUUCGAGAAAGAGAAUCGAUUUACAUUAACCUAAGGUGUCAACUUAAUCGGAGCUUUGUCCCUCUAAAGUGUAACUAAAUUGAGACCUUACCUAAAAUAUAUAUUUCUUUCGAUUCGUUGUGCCCGUGUCGCUUUGGGAACGAAACACUUGUUUGAGUCUAUGAAUUGAACCUGAACCGUAGUCCUGAAGCAGUGGGUUGCGGCGGAGGGCGGCUUGGCCUCGAAUAUAUGAAUAAUGUGAGUCACUCGAGCAAAUUAUUUCUAUAACCGCUUAUGAUCGCAUGGAAAUGCAUUUAUGAUAAAAGAUGAAUACUUUUUAGAGAAUAUAUAGUUAUUUAAUGUAAGCGUAUUGUAAGGUAGGUUAACCGUACCACGCGGGCCAAAAUGGUUGCGACGAGAAAUUUUUGCUGGUUUAUAAUAAAGAUACCGAACCACCGUGCACAAGUAUAUUAAGAUUAGUGGAAAAUGUAGAUUUUUGGAAAAAUGUUUAAUAGAACUAGAUGGUACGCGAGAGUGAGAAAGUUUUUUAAGAUUUUAUAUCUGGUCAGAGAUAGGAAAGUAAUAUUAUUGAAUAGAAUCUAUACGACUGGACGCUAGUGUGGCCGCAUCGACCGGCGAUUUCUCUCUCUUUGGCUCCACUGACGAAUACUUUAGAUACGAAUCAUAUCUGAACUAUACAAAAGUACGUCGCCGUCAUCAGAUCAGAUUACGAAUUGCAGAUACUCCACAAAAGCGUCCAGUAAUAAUAAUAUAGACAUUUCUCUGGACGUCAAUAUUGCCAAAUUCAUAACAAUUCAACUUAUAUAAUAAAAAAAGGUUGUGUAUUUAAUAUAAAGGACACAUGGAACUACAAACAUGACGAAAUAGAAAAAAGUGUAGAGAAAAUAGAUUAUUUAUAAGAAAGAUAUAUAUUUAUUAUAGGAUAUAAGGUAUAUAAUCAUUUACUGUAGGUUGAGUGGUCGAUGUUAUUUCGACUUAAAACGUUUUGCUCUUUUUUUCAUGUAUUCGUAUUGCGUCUUCGUUUAUUUCGCGAGGCUGGCGAAUGUCGGUAGAGUUGGAGAUCAAUCAACCAUUUUUCUUUUUGUAUACUAAACGCAUUGUUUUUAAGGGUUUUUUGCUCAACACAUCACCCAAGGCUCAUUUCAUGCAGAAUCUACAGACAAUAGCAAAAAACAUGUUUCUUUUAUCCGCGUAAAGUUCUAAACUCUGCCGAUCAUGCGCCAAGUCUAGCGUAGCGACAUCUACGUGAUAACAUCUUUUUUGAAACUUUUUAACGAGACACUCUCUGUCUACGAUAUUUUGUAAAAAAAAUGUAUUUUAUAUAUUAUAUUGUCGGUGUUGAUUUAUGUAGAUUUGUUUCUAUUAAUGUUGUUUUUUAUCUACGUGCAGAUAAUUUGCAAUUAUAGCAAAUAGACUUACAACAAAUACUCCGAUAACACUAUUGACUGGUGCCAAUGCAAUGACAACGAGAUUGACAACCGAUGCUGUCCGUUAAAGUGUGGACUAUAAACAAAACUUGUGAUUUCCAAUAAUUGUAAAUUAAUGCACGUGGAACCUUACGCAUGUAGUCGAAUCUUGUGAGACAUAUCGCUAGAGAUUUAUAAUAAGAUUAUUAACAUAAGUUCGUGAGUUAAGUAACGAAUCGUUAAGUCAAUUUCAUCGUCAAUCUAUGACGUGGCAUUAUUUUGACGUGAAACGGAGCCUUUGGACGUCACGACUUGUAUCUCACCAAAAGGGUGUUUGGGGUUGCUGAAAAUACUGCUUUCUUUAAAAGAAAGCAUCAGGUCUACACAUGUUUACAAAGGAGUGUGGUAAAGAGGCGUAUAGAGGUCUAUACUCUAUAGGAUAUCCGUCGUCGCGUCAGGGCAGUUAUAUAAAGCAGAUAUAUCAGUUAGAUAGACAAAUUUAGCUAUAACUACAUAUACAAUUAGCGUACAUUUGCCUAUAAUCGCUUUCCGGUAGCAUAGAAAUGUAUAUCCGUAUCCGUAUGUAAGCUAGACUAGUGCUGAGUCGUGGCUUUGUCCACUGACGUUGCCUUUCUUACGCUGUCUCUUCCUUCGAGGUACGAUAAUUAAGGCUUACGUUACGGUAGUUAAGAAUCGAAGUAUAUAACGUGUUAGCUAGGUAAAUUUCAAUAUAAAGUAUAUAUAUACAAAUAUGAAUUUUAUCGUCUAGAUAGGCUAUGAAAUUUGUGUGUUUGUUUACGUUGCUUUAUUGUGUUGGUCCAGUGUUAAGAUAAUUUUAAGUCCCAAAGAACACCAAAUAUUUUGUAAAUCCUUGUAAUAUAAUGUAGAUUGGCGAUAGUACUUAAUGUCUUACGCACUCUCUUUUGGGUUCUGUUGGAAAUUAUACAUUCAUACAAUACUUCAGUCGAGGAUGGAAAAGCUCUCUUUCUAUAAUAUACAACAAUCACCGACUUUGUUGUAAUUAUGGCUAAUUAUUAUAAUACGCCCUUUGAUCAAAUAUUUUUUACUUUAAAUUUUAGAGAACAAACCACAACACCCUUAUAUUAUAUUACCAAAGUACUAUUGAGUUACCCUACGUAAAAUUUCUAUGUAAUGAAUGUAUAAUUUCUAAUACACAACGUGCCAAACUGUUCGUUUGAGUCCUUCGUACCGUCUAACCGAGUGAAAGAUAACACCAAGAUAUAAUCUCGUAGAGAUUCUAAAUUUCAUAUUUCAUGGUCUUGAAUACACGGGAAACCACAAAGGAACAGACACAAUCACGAAACGAUGCUAACGACAAUAUUUCUUUGAUAAUAUCCGUAUGAGAUCCGUGACCGACCUUUUAAUAGUUCCGCAAUCUCUAGGGUGCCUUGUCGUCAAAGAGCAAUAUAUAGUAGAAGUGUGAAAAAUCCAUUAUUUAAACGAUCGAGGUUGAUGAAGGAAGAUGUUUCAUGUCUGUUCAUACGUAUUCAAGGUCGUGAAAUCACUAAAUGUUCGUAUCGUAUCUCAAUGUGUUUAUUUCCUUAAAUACUAGUGUUUUUUGUUUUAGAAAAUGCUAGAAUCGAUGUUCUGUGUUCAUUCGUAGAUUCACUGAUCUCUAAAUAUUGCUGAUUUCAUAAAACUGCAUUGAGAAGAAUGACAUUAAUCAAUAUUCCGCUUUUUUGAGUUAUAACAAAGUACAAAAUGAGAAAUAUUGUAAAAUUUACUGCCGAGCAAGUGCAUAUAAACAUUUUUUGAAUAUUUGAUAUUUGUAAAAUAAUUAAAUGAUUUUAAAGACAAAGAAGUCAGCAAAUUGAAGAGGUCAGUGAAAAAGUCGCGUGCUUAGAAAAUUUCGGUACUCGAAAAAAGAUAUUUUUUGAAACGUAUAAUAGCCUCUAGGCUGUUUUAUAAUUCUGUUUUUAAUUAAUUUUGUAUAGUUAGAUGUCCUUCGAGUUUCAUGAUAUCACAUAUAAGCUCUCUUUGUAAAAAAGUAAUAUUAUUCAUUACUAACGAACAAAAAUCGUGUCAUGCAUAGCAAGGCUAAGGUGGCUACAACUUGCAAUAUGAAAUACUAAAUACAAUUCAGAUGAUCAAUAUUCAAUAAUAAGAAAAAAACUGACAACUUUAUAUUGAGACAAAAAUAUCCUCUCAUAAGACGUUAACUUAAAAAUAAUAUAAAUAUAAAAUACUUCCACAAUUCCGUUAGUUAAUGAAUGUGCUGCUUAUAUGUACUGAAAUAAGCUUUAUAUGUAAUAUCAUGUAUACGGUAUCGUCUCAUUGUUUAGUCUUAACUCUUCUGGUAUUUUUAGUUAAAGUUAAGACGAAGCCUUGGAAAACUAGUCAUCAUUAAAAAUAGUGAAUAGAUCUCAUGAGUGCAUUUGUUUGUCGCACGUGACUGUUCCGUCUGAAGUCUGAAGACGACAGCGGAUUCAGGUGAGCUUUGCUCUCUUCUUGUCGAUUCUGUCUGAAUGAACGAAAUAUCUAUGAGAUAUAUCAUUAAUUUAAUUUUAGAAUAAAAGCCACAAUCUUUGUGAGACCAAUGUCAUUAACAUUAAUUAUAUCGUGUCAUUGUCUUAACUUUCACUAAAAACUACUGAACGUAACACAGCAAUAAUAAUGCAAUAGAUGUUGUAGUGUUUUUAGUUUUCGUACCGCUAGUAUGGAGUUUACGAUUGAUGUUUACGACUUGGCAAAUGUGCGUAAAUGUAAAUCUUUGUGUUUAUAUUAAACUUAUAUGCGAUGCAAUUGAUUACCGAUAUCAUUCGUAGUAUACGUAAAAGCCGGCAUAUUAAUAUGAAAGUCUUGUCCAAAAUUGUAAUGUACCUAUAUUCGUUGCAUUUACCGACUCCGGUUGUGUGGACCAACCUACGGAGAAAACGAAAAUGUUUUCUCCCAUUUGCUUGUUGUUGUUAGUUUAAAUCAGUCUCAGAGAAUUAAAACUUAAGCGAAGCAAUAAGUAAACCAGUAACGACAUUUGCCAAGUUCUAUCUACAAUCCUUUUCUUUUGUGUGUUGAUAGAGGAUAAAAGAAUUGGAGGCGAUUGAAGCUGAUUUUGUUGUUCCUAUUUCCCUUCCCUUCGUUUCUACCGUCCAUGGAUGUUGUCUUUAGCAUCAUAAUGCAAUAGUAUGCUCUUUGUUUAUAUCAUAAUAACUUGUUCUUACAAAAUAUUCAACAUAUUUUCGUGAAAUUCCACGAUUGCUUCGUCAAGUCGACGUUAAACUGCGUACUAUUGCACUAUGCGUUAUUAUUUUGCCUUUUGUUUAAACUAAACGCACAUAGUCUGUGAGCUUUUUCGUUUCAAAUGAAAUGUAUGUGAUCUUCGACCUUAAAUGAAAAUUCUUCGACCAUGAACGUGUUAGUGAAAAGUGAAACUCCUCUUUUGAAAUUUUAUUACGCCUAUACUUAUAUCGACUUUUGUGAUCUACUUAAGAAAUGCUAUUUCUGUGACGGCAUGUGGCGAAUGAUGAAUUGGUUGGAACCAGGCAUACCUUCAUUUAAUUGGAACUAAUGCUGUCUUAUUGAACAUAAUUUGAUCUUUCGACGUUUCCUUUAGAGUUUCAGCCAUUUUAUCGUUCGAAACUCAAUGCUACGGUCGGCGAUUGCAUUAGACAGUGAAAACCGACUCUAGGAUAAAAGUUAUUUAUUUUUUUACCCCGUUAAGUAUUUUUUGGUUCCCAUAUUAAUUAGACACUAGUAUAAUGUAGACGAUUAAGUUAGUCGUAAGUUUUGCUUGUUUUUUGUUGAAAAUGUUAUCCUGUUUCUGUUUUCAAAAAACAUUUAUUUUAUGAGUUUUGGAAGGAAUCUGUAUUUUUGGCCGCAAUUAUUGGCCGACGAAUAUCUUUUCCCUCCAAAAUUUGAAGUUUGUUAUGUUUGACGUUAUGGAGCGACGAACCUUUGACAAUUUGCUUUAAACGCAAUUCUUUUUGUCUUCUUAAGAUUUAAAUCAAACUGUCAAAAGUACGAAUUUUCGCCUGUUUAUGUAACGAGACGGCGUUAUAAUUAACUAAUACAAUUUAUUCUUUAGUUUUAAUAAGUAAAAACAAUAUUCAACUUGGCCGCUUGGCCCAGAUGCCUCACACAUUUAAAGUACUCAGUUUUAGUUCGAGUUAAUGCCAUAAAAGUAUUCGAGAAAUUUGAAUCAAUUAAGUCUCGCCUUUGUGGGGGUCCGAUAAGUUGUGUACUUUAUAGUGGACUGCAGGGCGUGGCUUUUGACUUAUUCCAAGUAUUUUUAGUUACAACGCCCGUUAUGUAAUAGGAUAUGUAUUACACCGUACCUACAUAGUAUAAUAUAGAUAAUAUAGUAUAAGCUGACUUGGUUAAAGUCA